AAGUGUUUCUCAGACGGGACCAAUCUCACAAUUAGGCAGAAAGAGGCAAGAAUAGCAACUUCUAAAACUUUUAUGACUGCUGGGUUUUUACUGCCAGAGGAAGAGGAGAUUGUCUACAGGAUUGUUGCUUUACACGCCAAAAGACUUUAUAUUGUAGUUACUUGGAAUAACACCAUGGAUCUAUGCUGGGGAUGAGAAAUAUUUGCUACCCUGUCAUACACAGAAAAACGUACCGGAUUAACACAGAUAGAGGAGUGGAGCGUGAAUAGGCCACUUACUUUGCACUCCAUUGGAACAACAGAGAAACCUGGUAUUAUGGAGACUGGAGACACCAAGGAACAAGAUAAGAACCAGCAGAUCAAUGGGCUGCAGCAGAAGUCAGAAAUGACUCAAAAUGCAUUUGAAGGGGAGAGUGAGGCAGGAAAAGCAGAGACUGGUGAGAAAGAAACUAAAGAGGAGAGAAAGUUUGCAGAAGAAACUGGGAAAGAGGUGGAUGAUGCAAGUGAAGUAGAGAAAGCAAAGAUGGCUGCUGGGAAUGAGGUGCAUGGAGAGAAGGAGGCUGGGGAAACUGAGGCUGCUGGACUUGAGGCAAAGCAGAAGGAAGAAUCUACAGAAGAAGCUUCUGAAUCUGAACAGGGGAUGGCAUCCAAGGCAAGCCAGAAGGAGAAGAUAGUCAAAGACAGCAGCCAACCAGAAUCUGAAGAUGUAUCUGAAACCAAAUAUGAUGUUUCUGAAAAACCAGAAGACCUACAAGGAGAGGCAUCCAAGGCAAGCCAGAAAGAGAAGAUAGUCAAAGACAGCAGCCAACCAGAAUCUGAAGGUGUAUCUGAAACCAAAGAUGAUGUUUCUGAAAAACCAGAAGACCUACAGGGAGAGGCAUCCAAGGCAAGCCAGAAGGAGAAGAUAGUCAAAGACAGCAGCCAACCAGAAUCUGAAGGUGUAUCUGAGACCAAAGAUGAUGUUUCUGAAAAACCAGAAGACCUACAGGGAGAGGAAGGGGGAAAGGCUGAUGUUUUGAAGAAAAAUGCCAAGGAAGAGGGUCAAACUGGCAGCACUUCUGAUGAGCCUCUUUCACCGGAUCCCGAGGAGGAAGAAGAGGAAUUCUGGCCAGAAUUCCCUCCUCGUUCUCCUGAAGCAAGUCCACAAAGCCCAACCGAGCUCAAAGGUUUGGAGACAGGUGGCAUCCCUCCACCAACUACCACUCCAGAAGCUGCUCCAGCGGAAAUCACCAGCCCUGAAGCUGCCCUGAAGGGAGAGAAAGAGCCCCUUCCUGCUGCACCAGAGGAAGCAGCUGCUGCCAAAGAGAAAAAGAAGAGGCCUGCUUUUGACCGGAGAGAGAUAACAAGGCCAAGGAUGCCACCCAGGGGACAGUCCCGCAAAGCCAUUGUGGAGAGGUUUGGAGGGGCUGCAACUGGUCCUGCCCCCAAUAUCAAGAAGACUGGAGGUGCAAACACUGUGAAGACCAUGUUGCUGGAAUGGUGUCGGGCCAUGACCCGUGGCUAUGAACAUGUGGACAUUCAGAACUUUUCUACCAGUUGGAAAAGUGGCAUGGCUUUUUGCGCCCUCAUCCACAAGUUUUUUCCUGAUGCCUUUGACUAUGCAAAUCUUGACCCAGCAAAUCGGAAAGAGAAUUUCACCCUGGCCUUCUCUACUGCUGAGAAAUAUGCAGACUGUGCUCAACUUCUGGAGGUGGAGGACAUGGUGCGCAUGAGUGUUCCUGAUAAUAAGUGCAUCUACACCUAUAUCCAGGAACUUUAUCGCAGCUUGGUGGAGAAAGGGCUAGUAAAGACCAAGAAGAAAUAGAAAUGCAAAGCAGGCUUUGGUCUGAAGCUCAUUGGAAGCUAUAGAAAAACUUGGUGGGGGCAGACAGAAUGCAACAUGGGAUGUGCCCAGGCUAAAAGACGUAUAUAUUCUGCAAUUUCCUGAGUAUGGCACUGGAAUCAACCGCUGCUACUUAACCCCGACUAGAGUCUGCUAUGUGCCACCCUUCUGCCACCUGAGAAGAGCAGGAAAGGAACGCUUACUAAUGUCCUGUCAGCACUUCAAACAUCUGGUGUUUAUGGAAGCAGAACAGAGCCUGCCCCAAAGACACAUGACUCAGAAGCAGUGUGUCCUUCCAGAUGUUACCAUCAGCAACUCCCUGUCCUCUCUUUGGAUUGCAAAAGCCUUCCUGCAUCCCAUGCUGCAGUCACCCUUUCCCUUACCAGGCAACCAGUUCCAUUAAAGCACAACUCUACCAAG